UUUAAAUUGGAAAAUGACUAAGAAAUUUCAGCUUUAGAAUUUUCAUUUUUAUGGAGUUUAUUCCUUCCAAAAUCAAAGAAAAACCUAAAUCAAGAUCCUAAAUCCGAUCACUAAAAGAAAAAAUAUUCAAGUAUUUCUGGGUUUUCCCUUUUCAUUCCGAUCCGAUAUCUUCAAAUCGGAUCUAAUCUUCAUCCAUGGCGAUCCAUACCAUCACCUCUAUCUUCCUCCUCUUACUGGUAACCUUAUUUUCUCUUACGACCGCUGAAAUUCGCUACACAAAGAUCAAAUCCGACACCCGACCCAUAAUCCCCAUCGACGAAUUCGGAUUCACCCACACAGGUCGACUCGAACUUAACGUGUCCAGCGUCAAUCUCUCAACCCGCAACAAUCUAGACCUUUCCAAAGUCGGAUUCUUCCUCUGUACACGAGAUUCAUGGCUUCAUGUCCUCGAACAACUCGAAGAUGGCGAUAUCUCUUGUGCCCUAGAUUCCAACAUUGUCAAAAAGGUAUACACUUUCAAUUCAUUACCCGCAAAUCAAAAUUCAUUCGAAACUCGAUUCGUUGAAACGGAUUCGGAUCAAUACACACUCGUUUUCGCCAAUUGUUAUGGUGGGACUCUUCAAGUAUCCAUGAAAAUCCAUUCAGCAAUGUAUAAUCUUGAUGGGAAAUCCCGUACAAAGGAUUAUCUUUCCGCAGGUCGGACAAUCCUACCAAAAAUCUACUUCUUUUUCUCAGUGAUUUACUUCGGGUUAGCAACCUUAUGGAUUUACGUCUUGUAUAAGAAGAGAUUAACCGUUUUCAGGAUCCAUUUCUUCAUGUUAGCUGUUGUUAUAAUGAAAGCCUUGAAUCUUCUUUGUGAAGCUGAAGAUAAAUCAUACAUAAAACGAACAGGCAGUGCACAUGGGUGGGAUGUAUUGUUUUACAUCUUUAGUUUUCUGAAAGGUAUAAUUCUUUUCACACUUAUAGUAUUGAUUGGCACAGGAUGGUCAUUUUUGAAACCCUAUUUACAAGAUCGUGAAAAGAAGGUGUUAAUGAUUGUGAUUCCGUUACAAGUUAUUGCUAAUAUUGCCCAAGUUGUGAUUGAUGAAACUAGUCCAUUUAAUCAAGAUUGGGUUACUUGGAAACAGAUUUUCUUGUUGGUUGAUGUAAUUUGUUGUUGUGCUGUGUUGUUUCCAAUUGUUUGGUCUAUUAAGAAUCUAAGGGAAGCUGCUAGGACGGAUGGGAAAGCCGCGGUGAAUUUGAUGAAGCUUACUUUGUUUAGGCAUUACUACAUUGUGGUGAUUUGUUAUAUAUACUUUACUAGGGUGAUUGUUUAUGCACUUGAGACGAUUACGUCGUAUAGGUACUUGUGGACUAGUGUAGUUGCUUCAGAAUUGGCUACAUUGGGAUUUUAUGUGUUUACUGGGUAUAAGUUUAAGCCUGAAGCGCAUAAUCCUUACUUUGCAAUUGAUGAUGAGGAGGAAGAAGCUGCUGCGGAGCAAUUGAAGUUUGAGGAUGAGUUUGAGCUUUGAUUGAUUCAGCUUAUGGAAUGUAGGAUUCUCUUUACAGAAGGUGCUUGGAUUUGGAGUACAAGUUAUAGUGUGAUCCAAUCCAAUCAUAUUUCGUUAAUUAGGGGUUACUGAUGUGGAUUUUUGGUCUUUUGAUGUAGAUGAGCGUAAACGCAAUGCAUAGUGAUUUCCCCCCUUCCCCAUAUGGUAGAAUAUUGUUAGGUAUUAAUCAUUUUCGAUUGCUGUGGUUUUGGACGAUUGAAACUUUGGUUUGUUCAUGUUGAAGGAUACUAUUUUACAUAAAUGUUUAGAACAUACCCUUAAUUUGUAUCUGCUAUGAUCAAAUCUAUGUUGGUAUUGUUAUAAUAAAUUAGUUUGACACCAAUUUGGUGGAGUUAAAA